UUUUUAAUUUUUUUUUUAAACGUUGCCACUGUGACCCGGAAGCGUUGGCGGGCGGUGGUUGUGGCUCGGCGGGGCCUGUGUGGAGCAGCGGAGGCUCGUGCUGAAUUAUAGUCAGACAUUUGGAGUUUUUAUCGAUAGCAGAUUGGAGAACAAGUAACUAGCUGCCAAGCCAAGAAAAACAAAAAGCAAAAAGACUUCCCCUGAAUUUUCUUGUCUUCAAAAGAUCCAUAAUCUCUUGGUCAAUGAGACACAGAGAAAGCUUCCAACUGUGAUUCAAGUGUAUCGGGCUGCCACGGAUAAUGAGUAAUUCUUCCUCUGCUAGUCAGACUAGUUGUCUUCUGGAGGGAAGAAGUUUAGAUAAAGCUGAGCAACAGUGUACACUGGGUACUAUUGGGACAAGGCUUAUGUCGACAGGGCCUGUGGGGAGAUCUGAUGGGGACCAGUCCCCCUCGGCACAGAAACGUACCGCUACUCAAGCCUUCAGCCUACUUCCCAAACGCAGGAGCUCAUCCAGAUCCAUAAAACGCAAGAAAUUUGAUGAUGAGCUAGUUGAAAGCAGCCUGGCUAAAUCUUCCACUCGGGCAAAGGGCCCAACAGGGAUGGAACCUGCGCGGUACUCUGGCAGUGAACCAUCAUCCAAUGAGAAGAAAAAAAUAUCAAAAUCCACCACCGUGCCAUUAGCUCCCAGCAGCAUCAUCAAACGACUAAAGAAAAGCAAGCAGCCGCUACAAGUCACAAAGGAUCUUGGACGAUGGAAACCAACAGACGACUUGCUGCUAAUAAAUGCUGUUUUGCAGACAAAUGACUUGACUGCAGUGCACCUCGGCGUGAAGUUCAGCUGCCACUUCAUGUUACGGGAGAUCCAGGAACGUUGGUAUGCACUCCUGUAUGACCCUGUUAUAUCCAAACUAGCUUGUCAGGCAAUGAGACAGCUUCACCCUGAAGCUAUUGCAGCAAUUCAGGCCAAGGCUCUCUACAGCAAGGCAGAAGAGCAACAGUUGGCAAAGAUUGGAUCGACCAGUCAACCCACACUGGACACUUUUCAGGAGUUGCUAAACAAACACCCAAAUGUUUUCUAUCAGUCACGCACUGCCAAAUCCCUUCAAGUUCACUGGCAGCUAAUGAAACAGUACUACCUCUUAGAAGAUCAAACAGUCCAACCAUUACCCAAAGGAGAUCAAGUUCUGAACUUUUCUGAUGCUGAAGACAUGAUAGAUGACAGCAAGCUCAAGGAAACACGAGAUGAUGUUCUGGAACAUGAGCUCACUCUAGCAGACCGACGGCAGAAACGAGAGAUCCGGCAGCUGGAGCAGGAGCUUCCAAAGUGGCAGGUUCUGGUCGACAGUGUAACAGGUAUCAGCUCUCCCGAUUUUGAUAACCAGACGCUGGCAGUUUUACGGGGGAGAAUGGUCCGAUACUUGAUGAGGUCUCGAGAGAUCACAUUGGGUCGAGCCACAAAAGAUAAUCAGAUUGACGUUGACCUUUCUCUAGAGGGACCAGCAUGGAAAAUCUCCAGAAGGCAAGGUAUAAUAAAGCUGAAGAACGAUGGAGACUUCUUCAUUGCCAAUGAAGGUCGACGUCCCAUCUACAUCGAUGGCAGGCCAGUUCUGAGUGGAAAUAAAUGGAAAUUGAAUAACAAUUCUGUCGUUGAAAUUGCCGGACUUCGUUUUGUGUUUUUAAUUAACCAGGAUCUGAUUGCGCUGAUCAGGGCUGAAGCUGCCAAGAUGAACCAGCAGUGAGUGGAGGUUCCUAGUCUCUGACCAAACAUUGGCUGAAAUAAAGAUGAGUGCACUCUUGUCGCUGUCCUGGAUAUGAAAGCCUUCUGUUAUUUGGACUAUUGUAUCUAAUUUUACCAAGAUUAAAACGCGGGACCAGAGCUAUCUGCUUUUACUGACGUGCGUUUGUCAUAAGACACCAAAUGGAAGGUUACCCUGCAUGAGGACAACCAAAUUAAAAGUGGAUCAUAUAGGCAAGAGAAAAGAUGGCAUGAGCCAUUUUUGCAAUUGUAGAUGAUGCACCUGGAAAAUGACUCCAGCUACAGUUCUUUGCUUUCCAGAAAUCUCUUCGUCAUGAUUUUCUGUAAAUUUUUCAUGACCAUAAUUUAAUAGAAUUAUACCAUGGAAUACUGAUAGUGUAAUCUGAGCAAAAUCUCUUGCUUGUGUUGUCAACAUGUUACAUUUUCACUUUUUGGAAGGUUGUGGAAAACCUUUUUGAAUAAACUUAGUGUUUUUAUUUAAA